AUGGCCUCGCCCCAGGUAGAAGAGGAGUCUACGGCGAAAACUGAUGUUAUCAAAGAUGUGGAGCUUGCAGGUAAUCGAGGGAGUGAUAGUGAUGAGAAGGAAUCGUCACUAUCAAGCCUUGAUGGACAUAAAUCCGAAGCUGAAAGAAUAAACCUGGGAAACGCCAAACUCCAAGGCGUAGUGGAGGAUGCCCUGGGUGGGAAUGAUUCAAAUUUCUCCUGGGCAGCCAGUAUCUUUUAUUUUGGAUACAUUUUAUUCGCAGCUCCUCUCACUCUAUGGGGUAAACGGUUUUACCCCUCGAGGUUUAUAUUCGUAUCAGUCGUUGGAUGGGGCAUAGCUGCUGCAGCGGGAGCAGCAGCGUUCAAUUUCGCUGGCCUUGCUACAUCUCGAUUCUUUAUUGGCCUCUUUGAGGCUGCUUUCGCUCCCACGGCAGUGUUCCAUCUGACUCUGUGGUACACACGUAGCGAACUCGCGUUCCGCACUUGCUUGUUCGUGGGAAUGUCUGCCUUCUCUGGCGCGUUCGGCGGGUUAAUUGCGUAUGGAAUAUCCCUGAUUAACACCACCAUCGGUCACUGGAGGGUUCUUUUCCUAGUGGAAGGCUUGCCUACGGUUGCUUUUGCCUUUGUGGUUCUAUUCUGCCUUCCUGACAGGCCGGAGACUUCGAAAUUUUUCAAAAAUGAGGAAGAGAGGCAAAUUUCGAUUCACCGUAUGAACCAGGGGCAGCAGAGUGAGGGACAUGACACUCUCGUUAUGAAGCAUGUUAUUUCAGGCCUCAAGGACUGGAAGGUAUACGGUGUCUGUCUUGUUAAAAUGGGGCAUGAUGCAGCUUUGGCAACAAUCUCAAUCUUUCUACCAACGAUUCUUCAUUCCCUUGGAUAUUCGAAAACUGCAGCACAAUAUAUGACUAUUGGCCCGUACAUGGCUGGCUGGGUAGUCAUGGUUGGUACCAGCCUCUUGUCAGACAGACUCCGCACACGGGGCCCAUUCAUUAUUGGAGGAACCGCCGUGGCCAUCACUGGAGUUUCCUUGAUGUAUACGUUUCCAGCCAAAGAAAACCCGAAAGUAGCUCUCGCAGGAGUUUUCUUGCUGCUAACCGGCACUUUCACAUGUAUACCAUUAGAAGUGCAGUGGGUGUCGGACAACGCUGGGGCAGAAUCGAAGAAAGCAAUUGCACUUUGCAUGAUCGUGAUUGCAGGGCAUUGCUUGAGCAUUCUUGCUAGCAAAAGCUUUCCCGAACACGAAGGCCCUAAUUAUACACGAGGAUAUGGCAUAGUGCUUGCAUUUUUGUGCUUGAGUCUUGUGAUGUCCAUUGUCCUAUACAUCCGACACAGCAUCGUUAACGCGCAGAGAGACAAGAAAUAUGGCAAGCCAAACCCUCUUGAUAAGGUGGACACUUCAAGCCUGGCAGACCAAGCCCCUAUGUUUCGAUAUAUCCCAUAG